GACGUCACGUACGGCUUGUGUAGCUGAGCUGGCUGAUGGUUGUUUUGAGUUGCGGCAGGCAGUUCUCGUCGACGACUUUUUUUUUUUUGCGUGGAAACCGGGUUUCUGUUUUUCUCGUGAGUGUGUUUCUUCACACCGAACCGAACAGAGUGUUCCGGGUCCACAGAAGUCCAACUGAAGCCCAUAAACAGGACGUGUCUCUCUGUUUGUCCAACUGACGCCAUCAUGGACCCCGCCAGUCAAGAUAUCAACCUGAACUCUCCAAACAAAGGUGUUGGUGGGAACCGUUCUGACAGCCUCUCCGACGUGCCGGUGGAGGGAGCAGUAGGGAACUCUCCUCAUCCUCCCCCGCUUGGGCUGACGGAGGAAGAAGCUGAGGAGCUCCGCACUGAACUAGCUAAGGUGGAGGAGGAAAUCAACACCCUGCGUCAGGUGCUGUCAGCCAAAGAGAGACACUCUGCAGACCUGAAAAGGAAACUAGGCCUCAAUCCUCUCAAUGAACUGAAGCAAAAUCUCUCCAAGAGCUGGCAAGAUGUCCAAACUUCUAAUGCAUAUCGUUCUGCCUCAGCCACUUUGGAUGACAUUACCCACUCUGAAGCAUACAAGAAGACUCAGGAGACUCUUUCCCAGGCGGGACAGAAGACGAGUGCAGCUCUCAACACAAUGGGUACAGCCAUAAGCAGGAGGCUAGGCGACAUGAGAGCUCUGCCUUUCUCUAAUUCCUUUAGUAGCAACUAUUCCAUUCGUCACUCUAUAAGUAUGCCCGCCAUGAGAAACUCUCCAACAUUCAAGUCCUUUGAGGAUAAAAUGGGGAACCUGAAGUACAAGGUAGUUGGCCCCAGAGGGAACGGAGAUGCUGUGGGCUCCCCGACUGACACCACCCCCACUCAGGAGAACCCACCGUUCUGAGCACAGCUGGCCUCCUCCUCGCAGCCAUCCUUCUCACGACCUUUGACUGUACCGUUCUCACCUCCGACGGCAGCGCUAGCCCAGACCUCCCCCUCCUCUCUUUAGCUCUAAGAUCUGUAAACGCAGCAAGCGGAGGUCCAAGCCUGGACCUGUCAGACCUGUCACUGCUGACCCCACAGCUUCUGUUCUUCUGCUAAACCUGAAAAUACUCACUUUUAUUUCUUCAAUCCAGAUAAAACAGGGAAUACCCUGAAAGCUUUGACAUGUGUGGUCUUUAAUCUGAUUCAUCUUUGUCCUUUUUCUUCUGUCUUCUAACUAAAUGAUACUCACACUGUCGGUGUUACAUCACCCCCCCUGUUUUCUUUAAAGAGGUUAGUUUGACUCAACACCCAAACAGUUGUACAAACUUUGUGUAACAAGUGGAACCACCAGGGGUCGCUUCCUCCACCAUUUUGUAUUAUAAACUAUUUUUCACUGCUUUGCAUAAUGUUUUUACAUACUUUUUAUCAAUAUGUAAAAAUAUAAAUGGCACAUUGUCAUUGAUGCUGCCACGUGGUAGUGCUCAGGGUCUGAGGGGUUAAAAGGUGCGGGACGAGAACCACAACACUAACCAACMCGAGAUAAGAAGGAACACAGUCAGGCUGCUUUCAUUUGACAAACUGGACUCACGUUUCUGAGACUAACUCCAACUAAGUGCUUUUUAAAGACAGGAAAUGCUUUAAACCCACUCCAACYGUGUUUCUGAGCCCAGGUUUGGCUGCUGUUAGCAGUGCUGUGUACACUACCUGCUGCAUGUCUCCACUUUAACGUUUCACUUGAUUCAGCUCGUAGAGGAGGAAACACGCCUCCUUCACUCUGCCAUCCUUUAGCAUGAACACGUCUGACCACUCACACAAAGCUCCAACGUUGCCAACAACUGUCUGAAUGCCACCGUGUGAGGCCAAACUAAUCUUUAAACUCUGCUUUGAUAUGUUUCUGUGUGAAAAAUAAGCGUAAACAGCUUACCUGUUGUAGAUGGAUUCCUAAACAAUCUCAUGACUGAUGAGCUAACGGCCAGUUCAAACACAGCUUUGGCCGAAGUGGAAUCAUCAAAAGUAGCAGGAAGUGUUUUUGCAUGUUAUUUUGUUGCCCACCUCAGUGCCCACCUGCAGGUUUAUGAUCUAAUCUUCUGGAGAAUACAUUAAAAAUGAAGACAGGUUUUAUUUUAUCAUUGUUGUGUUUUGGACCGGUUUCCUGCCAGAGAGCUCCCUGCAGGUGUAAAGUCAAGCUCAGUUCUCUGGAGACGCCCCUGAUAAAGUCCAUUUGGGUUCGAGCUUCCCAUGACUGAAAACAGUAAAAGUUGUGAAACACUUGGAGUAACCGACAGUGAAAUGUUGACUGGAGCCGGUGGAAACAGUAACAAUCCACUCUGCCCUGAGCUGUGUUCAGAUCAGCCAUUAGCUCCUCUUCUGUCAGAAUUAAACUGGAACCUCUUUAAAAUAAACCUGCUCUGAAAAAGAUCAGCAGCAGGUAAGAUGUUUAUUUUUAGCUUUUACACUAAAUCAUUUCAAAAGGGUUUGAAGAUUCAUGCCACUAAAAUCACAGUCUUGAACUUGGAUGUUUUUGUUUUGUUUUGUUUUUUGGGCAUUUUUCUGUCAAAGAAAGUUACAUUUUUAUGGUUUAUGUUUGUUUAUUUCUGUGAGUGAAUUAUUAAUGAAUUAAACCAAUAGACACAUUUUGGAUAUCUUCCUGCAACUCUAUUUAAAUUAACAAAUAGAGAAAUUAGACAUGAAGGUGAUUUCUAGAUAUUUCUGUCAUCUUUUGCCAAAAAAAUCUAAUUGAAAACCUCUCAGCCAUCAGCUUCAGUCGCUCAGCUUUAUUCAUCUGUCUCCAGCUGCAUGAGUGCUUUAUUCAUUAAUCCAUAGAGUCACUGAUAUAAAAAUAACUUUUGUAAAUCCACGUAUACUCAUAUUAACGGAGAAGAACGGAGCUUUUAAUGUUUCAGAUCAAAAUGAAAACUGCAGCUUUGAAACAAAAACCUGCUUCAGUCUCAGAACUCCUUUAUUUUCUAGUUUGAUAUGUUUAUUUUUUAUUUUUAUUUUUUUAGUUCCUUUAGUUUCUUCUUCCUUCUGUCUGCAGAGAUGGACGUUAGGAGGAUUUCUAAGAUUGUACAAAUAUUCUGCCACCAGUUCAAGAUGCCAACAUUUAAUCGUCUGUUACAGAAUCUCACUCAGUUUAGUGGAAAUCAGUUCAUCCACAAGAGUGGUUCCAAAAUGAAAUACUGAGGAACUCCUAGCUGCUGAGUUGGCAGAAAAACUCGACAUGGAUGAAAAUUGUUACAGGUGAAGCUGGUGUUUGAUGCAGCUGUGUUUGAUCAACUUCUUUGAUUGACAGCUGGUCGAGGAUGAUGGGAGUUCAGCCUGUGUGCAGAAACAACAGAAGAUCUUUAUUUCUUUUUUUUUUUUUUUUUUUUUUUUUUUUUUUUUUUUUUGGGACGGGGUCCUGGUCUUGUUGAGUUUUAACUGGAAUCUGAUUUGUUUGCUUCACAAUGAAUGAAAGAGUUUUGAUUUUUGUUGUGUUUGGAUAUCAAUAAAGCAUUCCUUUAAAAGAAAA